UUUUUAGCUUUUUUUUUUUUGCAUUUCAAGUCAGCAUGAGCGGAGGUCGGUUUGACUUCGACGACGGAGGGGCAUACUGCGGGGGGUGGGAAGGUGGUAAAGCCCAUGGCCAUGGAAUCUGCACAGGGCCGAAAGGCCAAGGAGAGUACUCGGGGUCCUGGAAUUACGGGUUCGAGGUGGUAGGCAUCUACACCUGGCCAAGUGGUAACAUGUACGAAGGAUACUGGUCGCAAGGGAAAAGACACGGCUUGGGAGUGGAAACCAAAGGACACUGGGUGUACAAAGGCGAAUGGACUCAUGGAUUUAAAGGAAGGUAUGGAGUCCGGCAGAGUAUGAGCAGCGGGGCAAAGUAUGAAGGAACGUGGCAGAGUGGCCUACAAGAUGGAUAUGGUACUGAAACGUAUGCAGAUGGAGGAACCUACCAGGGUCAGUUUGGAAAUGGAAUCCGUGAAGGCUAUGGUGUACGUCAGAGUGUUCCAUAUGGAAUGGCAGCAACUGUCCGAAAUCCCUUACGCACCUCAUUGACCUCCCUCCGCAGUGAACACAGCAAUGGCACAUUGGCUCAACACGACGCUACGUCCCCUUCACCUGAUAACAUUGUGUGCUCCACCAUCACCAGAGGAGGCUUCGCUCUCUCCCUCUACGCGGACCCCGAAGUUCUCAAGGCUCAAAAGAAAGGCAUCUUCAGGAGAGGGUCUCUUCUGGGUAAACUGAGGAAAUCUGAAUCUAAGACCUCACUUUCCUCCCAGAGAAGUAAGCUGAGCUUUCUGAAAAGUGUGGGUGGGAUGAGCUCCGGAGCUAGUGAUGCCACCUCAACUGUGAGCUUUGGUGAUGGAACGGAAGGAGAAGAAUUUCCACCAGUUGAAGCAGAUAUUGAUGCCACCACCACCGAGACCUACAUGGGCGAGUGGAAGAAAGACAAGAGGUCUGGGUUUGGGAUCAGCGAGCGCUCCAGUGGGCUGAAGUACGAAGGAGAAUGGCUGGACAACCUGAGACAUGGCUAUGGGUGUACCACCUUUCCAGAUGGAUCAAAGGAAGAAGGAAAAUACAGGAAUAAUGUUUUAAUCAAAGGGAUGAAGAAGAGAGUGAUCCCCUUAAAGAGUGCCAAGAUCAGGCAGAAAGUGGACAGAAGUAUUGAAGGGGCCCAGAGAGCGGCGGCCAUAGCAAGACAGAAAUCGGAGAUUGCUGCGUCAAGGACUACACAUGCCAAAGCCAAAGCAGACGGAGCAGAACAGGCGGCCCAGGCAGCUAAUAAUGAGUCCACCAUUGCAAGGAUGAUGGCAAGAGAGCUCUCCCCGGACUUCUACCAGCCAGGCCCAGAGUAUAUCAAGAGAAAACUGAUGCAGGAAAUUAUCGAAAAUGCUGAACCCAUGGAGAUAAGAGAGCAACCAACUGCAACCAAGGAACAGCCAGUUCAAACACCUCGUGAGAGCCCUCAGCUCCCUGAAAACCAACCCUCCUCUCAAGAUGUUUCCCCACUACGAACCCCAUCCCCUGCACCUGGGACACCACCUGAAGCCAAGAAACUUAAAACAAGCUCGCAGAAGGAAAGGCUGAUUACUGCUAGAAACUGGAAUGGAGACAGACGUGGUGGAAGCCAAUCCGCCAGCCCAUCCAGCAGCCCAACCAAGACAAGCAACAGAGCUGACUUGAACAGAAAAUAUGAGAACCAGAUGAAACCACUUCAGAGGUUGGACAAAAAGCCAUCCGAUUUGGAUGUUGAGUUCCAUAAAGGCUAUCACAGCUAUGCUGUGCGGACCUCCCCAGUGAAUCCUCCACUGGACUCAGAAGAAAAAGCAUUCCCACCACCACAAGCUGCAACACCAGAUUUGAAAGAGGUGUCGAAAGAUGUUCUACCAUCUCAAAAAGUCCAAGAAAAGAAGACCGCUGUAGAGUCCAUCAAGAAAGUUAAGCUGAGUGAAGAGAAUAAGGAAGUGAAAGUGGAAAAGCCAAGUGUUGAAGCUAAAACGGAGACCAAGAUUGUCCAAAAAGCUGAGCCUAAGACUGUCCAGAAAACUGAACCAAAGGUUGUUCAGAAACCGGCUCCCCCAAAAGCGGAACCCAAAGCGGUGGCCAAACCCGCUCCCCCAAAAUCAGAACCCAAACCUGCAACCAAGACCGAGUCCAAGGCGUUGGUUAAGUUUGACACCAAAAGCAUAAUUAGGAAGGGUGCCAAAGCUGAGCCAGCUGCCAAAGUAGAAGAAAUUGAAGAGAGACCAGAUACGAUCAUGAUAUGCAUGGUCAUUUUAUUGAAUAUCGGCCUUUCCAUCUUAUUUGUACAUCUACUGACAUGAAGAAUUAGAGAAUUUUACAUUGUGAACCCAUGGAUUGCUCCCACCAGCCCUCCUGACAAGAUGAAGAGCUGUCAGGAGAGGAGGCGUCUUUCGCCUUGACGGGCUCCCAUGAAGCCGGGAGACAAUCGACGUAUCUUUCACUGAACCUUAUUUGCCUGUUGUAUAUAAAGCGAUGAUAGCAAGUGGAUUUCGACCGGCGUCAGCCGUCACAGUGCACUGGAAUGUUAAACCGAUCUUGUUUGAAAACGAAAGAAUGUAGCGUUGAGCUCUAUCCUUAUGAUGUAAAAAUUUAAAAAAUUACAAAAAUACAAAAAAAAUUAAAUGUUAAACUUCCGACAAAUUACCCUCGGGGGU